AUGAUGAUAUUAUUAGUUAAUAGACAAAAAAAGUAUAUUCUAAAAAUUCAAGAACAACAAUCUGGAGAAUCAAGUAAUAUAUUGAUCAAUACUGAAGCAUUGAGUAAUAUAUUACUCGAUAAUGAAGUACCAAAUAAUAUAUUACUGGAUAUUGGAGUUCAAACCCAAGAAGAUGAGGAUAUUUUGCGUUCAAAGUAUAUAGGACAUUCUGUAAUAGUUUUAGCUUUUAUAUGUUUAUAUUAUAGAUUAUUGCAGCUAUCUGAAGAGCAAUUCUAG